AUGUUUUCUCCGCUCGAAUCUUGCAUUUCCUUUUGCCCAUCUUCUGAUUUCAAUAUCUUACAAUUCACUUCUUUAGAUCUAAUGAUUGAAAUGGAUCGUUCCGAGUUUUGUGAUCUUGUUGCUCUGUUACGUUAUAGCUUUCUUAAAGGUAAGAGUAUUCAUGGUAAGAUAUUACUGACUAGGAGACCAGACCCUACUCCUGAGCCAAUCUCUCCAACUUAUCACCGGAGCUUGUCGGAGAAUUACGCCGUUAGAAACGAACGAGCGUUUGGACAAUCCCGUCGAGGUAUUACAAGUUGGUGA